AGGAAAAAGGAUGAAAGAAAUAUAUUUAGAGAACUUGGUCUUUCUGGAAGAUUUAACAAUAUGCCCACAAAUGAUGAAUAUUUUAUGCAGUAUUCAUAAACACGAGGAAGAAUUUAACGUAACGAUAACGACUUUAUAUAUCAAAAUAAUUGAAAUGCUAAUUCGUAGAUAUUGGUCAAAAUACGGUUAUAAUUAUUUGCUGAAAAAAUCAUCAUUCGUAGAAGGCGAGAAACUGUUAUUGCGAUUGGGGAAAAUAAUCUUCGAAAAUCUAAUUAACGAUAAACAUUUUGUUCUCGAGAAAGAUUUAAAAAAAGAAUUUUCCAACGAACAGGAAUUUGAAAUUAUUUCACAGUUAAAUAUCGUUCCUGUCACAAAUUUUGGAGACGAUAUAGCAAUUUCUACUUUUCAUCAGAUGUUGAUCGAAUUUCUUGCUGCCUUCUAUGUAUUUAAUUUAGAAUAUAAAAACAAUAAAUAUUCUGUGGAAGUAUACGGAAUUACGGUGAUAAAAGGAUAUUUUAAAAAUUUUUUACGUUUCAUAUUUCUUUAUGGCAUGCAAACUUUCUGGGACUUUGAUAGAUUGGAAAGAGACUUAACAGAAGGCGAAAACUUAUACAAUAUGAAAAGAACACGAAUAAUUCAAUUUCCUGGAGAUUUGGAAAUAUUUCAGAUAUGCAGAGAUAAGAUUUCAGAAGAGAGAUUUGCAAAAUUCUGUAUGAUAAAAGCUGAUAUCACUUAUAACAUAGAGUGGGAUUCAGUAUCCACUCUAAGGGAAGUUCUAAGUCGUAAUCAAGUUGAGCUUGUAACAAUUUUUCUUCCAACAAAUAAAGAAAAAUGGAAGAGAGUACAAAGAGAUGUUGUCUUGUUGCUAAAGUCAAAUCCCUCAAUUAGAUAUGUUUGUUUUCAAUUAAAUUCGUGUCCUUGUUACAUCGACGAACAUAAACAUGUUUUUGUAGAUUUGCGAAGUUUACUAGAAGCUGCAAUUUCUGCAAUCGAUAUCGAAUCAACUGUUAUUGUAGAAAUAGAACAUAAAUUUAGAGAUUUUAAAAAAAUAAGUAGAAAUUUUCGUUCUGAAGAUUUUUAUAGAGAAGAAGAAAUUGUUAGUUUAGUUUAUUUUGCCUUAAACCAAAUAAACCAACCUCCAUUUUCUGUAAAACUUGGCAAAAUUCAUUUGCAAUUUAGACAAAAAAUUGAAUUAGAAAUGGCAAGAGAAAUGAUUCUUUUCGUAUCUGAAAAACAAAUUGAAACAUAUUCUAAAUAUUCUUGGUGGCAGGAUUUGUUAAUGAACACUCUUAAUUGGGUGGAACAUCAACCUAGGCAUUACACGCUGCAAAUUGAUGAUCAUGAAAUUAUAUCAAUUUUAUAA